UGUGUGGUGUCCGUCCAGGUCAGAGAAACCAGCAGCAACAGUUAUCGCCGUCGAAGCAGCGUGGUCGCUUCUUGGCUUUUCUUCCUGCCUGGAAGGUCGCCAUGUGGGGCUUGUGGCUGGCUCGGGCGGGCCUUCCCCGCUCACAUCAUUCUGUAUUGUUUGGGCCAAGACUGUGGCGAUGGACAAGCGGUUCUGCAAAUGAAAGAGCACUGCAAUUCAAAAGUGGGGAUAAAAUCCAUGGAUUCACUGUAAACCAGGUGACAGUAGUUCCUGAAUUUUCCUUGACGGCUGUUAAACUCAACCAUGACAAGACAGGAGCCCAGUAUUUACAUGUGGCACGAGAAGACUCCAACAACUUGUUCAGUGUUCAGUUCCGGACGACUCCCAUGGACAGUACUGGUGUCCCCCACAUCCUUGAACAUACUGUACUGUGUGGGUCAGAGAGGUAUCCUGUCAGGGAUCCCUUCUUUAAAAUGCUGAAUCGGUCGCUCUCUACCUUCAUGAAUGCGUUUACAGCUAGUGAUUACACCCUCUAUCCGUUUUCUACCCAAAAUCCCAAAGACUUCCAGAACCUUCUCUCUGUCUACCUGGAUGCUGUGUUCUUCCCUUCUUUGAGGCUUCUGGAUUUCUGGCAGGAAGGCUGGAGAUUGGAACACGAAAGCCCAGCAGAUCCUCAGUCGCCAUUAACCUUCAAAGGAGUUGUGUUUAAUGAAAUGAAAGGAGCUUUUGCAGAUAAUGAGAGAGUUUUCUCUCAGCACCUUCAAAACAAGAUUCUUCCUGAUCACACAUACGCCGUUGUGUCUGGUGGUGAUCCAUUGAAGAUCCCUGAUCUCUCCUGGGAACAACUGAAACAAUUCCAUGCUACUCAUUACCAUCCCAGCAAUGCAAGGUUCUUCACUUAUGGGAACUUCCCACUAGAGCUACAUUUGAAACAAAUUCAUGAAGAAGCUUUGUGUAAAUUCCAGAAAAUUGAACCCAAUACUUCUGUUCCACCCCAGCAAAUCUGGGACAAGCCUAGGGAACACCAUGUGACAUGUGCCGUAGAUUCAUUAGCUACUGACUCUAAGAAGCAGACAAUAGUCAGCGUCAGCUACCUCCUAGCAAAUAUUACAGAUAACUUUGAAACCUUCAUGUUGAACUUUUUGUCUUCUCUAUUGGUUGGUGGCCCAAAUUCUCCGUUUUAUAAAGCUUUGAUCGAAGCUGGCCUUGGAACAGAUUUUUCACCAGAUGUUGGGAUUAACUCCUCUACACGAGAAGCUUAUUUCACUGUAGGCCUUCAAGGGAUUUCCGAAGAAAGCAUAGACACCAUAAAGCAAAUUAUUGCUAAAACUAUUGAUGAAGUUAUUGAGAAUGGAUUCGAGAAAGAAAGGAUUGACGCUUUACUCCACAAAAUUGAGAUCCAGAUGAAGCAUCAAUCAACCCGUUUUGGACUUGUCUUGGCUUCAAAUAUUGCCUCCUGCUGGAACCAUGAAGGAGAUCCUGUUGAUCUUUUGAAAAUAGCAGAGAAAGUAACUCAGCUCCGGCAUUGCCUUAAGGAGGACCCUCAUUUCCUGCAGAAGAAAGUAAAACAAUACUUCAAGGACAACCCACACCGAUUAACACUCUCCAUGAGUCCAGAUGCAGCUUUCCAUGACAAGCAAGCAGCUGCAGAGGCAGACAAAUUGAAAGAGAAGGUUGAAGCCCUUUCAGAAGAAGAGAAGAAACAAAUCUAUGAGAAAGGUUUGGAAUUGCUUGAUCUGCAAAGCAAACCUCAAGAUACUUCCUGUCUUCCUGCUCUGAAAGUUUCAGAUAUCGAACCAAGGAUUCUGUUUACUGAACUGGAGAUGGCAUAUACAGCUGAGGAUGUUCCUGUCCAGUACUGUGCUCAACCCACAAACGGCAUAGUUUAUUUCAGAGCCAUUUCCAGCCUGAACACACUCCCGGAAGAGCUUCGGCCUUAUGUUCCACUUUUUUGUAGGGUCAUCACCAAGAUGGGGUGUGGAGCAUUCAACUACCGAGAACAGGCUUUGGAAAUAGAUCUGAAAACAGGUGGCCUUUCUGUUAGCCCACAUAUCAAUGUAGAUGACUCCCAUCUAGACAUGUAUGAACAGGGUGUGAUCUUCUCUUCAUUGUGCCUGGAUAGAAACUUGCCUGACAUGAUGCAUCUCUGGACUGAAAUAUUUAACAAACCUCAUUUUGAAGAUGAAGAGCAUUUCAAAGUCUUGGUUAAAAUGACAGCUCAAGAGCUAUCAAAUGGCAUUCCUGAUUCUGGACAUAAUUAUGCCUUAAUUAGAGCAAGCAGGACUCUGAACCUUGCAGGAGAAUUGCAAGAAAUGUUUCAUGGCAUGGAGCAGGUGAAACUGAUGAAGCGAAUUGCAGAAAUGGCAGACAUUAAGUCUGUGCUCCGAAAAUUGCCACGUAUCAAGAAAUACCUUUUAAAUAGUGACAACCUGCGAUGUGCGGUGAAUGCUACACCUCAGCAGAUGCCAGUUGUCACGAGAGCUGUGGAAAAUUUUGUCCUGGGAAUUGCCAGAAGUAAAAAGGAACGGAAGGCUGUCCGUCCGCGCAUAAUUGAGAAACCUUCAGAUUCCAAAUCUGCUAGCAGUGAGGCUGGUUCCCAGAUCACAAGGAAACUAAUUACGGAUCCCACUUUUCAACCCUGUCAAAUGAAGACCCAUUUUCUGCUUCCCUUCCCUGUAAAUUAUGUGGGUGCUUGUGUUCGCACUGUGCCUUUCACAACCCCAGAGUAUGCAAGCCUUCGCCUCCUGGCCCGUUUAAUGACAGCAAAAUUCCUGCAUACGGAAAUCAGGGAGAAGGGAGGUGCUUAUGGCGGUGGUGCUCAUAUCUCUCAUAACGGGAUAUUCAAUUUCUACUCCUAUAGGGAUCCAAACUCCAUGAAUACUGUGGCUGCUUUUGAAAAGGCUGCAGAAUGGGCCAAGUCAGGGAUGUUUACUCAGCAAGACAUCGAUGAAGCCAAACUUGCUGUGUUUGCAUCAGUAGAUGCUCCAAUUGCUCCGUCUGACAAAGGGAUGAAUAAUUUCUUAUAUGGGAUCUCUGAUGAGAUGAAGCAGAGGCACAGAGAACAUCUUUUUUCUGUCUCCAGAGAGAGCCUGAUAGAUGCAGCUAACAAAUUCCUCAUUGCUGGGAAGAGUACAAGAGGACUGGCUAUUCUUGGACCAGAAAAUCCAGAAACAGCCAAGGAUCCUUCCUGGGUUAUACGAUAAAACAGCAAGCCAUAAAAGCCAUCUAAAGAAAGUCAUAGAAGGAAAUAUAACAGGAGCAAACUCAUGCCACAAUUAUCAAAGUAGAUUUUGUGAAAAAGGACUGUAAAAGUUUUACUGAAGCAAAAGAUUACUUGCAUCAUGUCAUCCCAAAAGAGCCCGAUACUAGUGCUUUAUUUUGAAAAAGUACGUGGAUUUGAAGUUUGUCACGGGUCCACAUUCUCUUGACCCCACCAAUCUUUGUCUUAACUGCAGCAAUUAUGCAACAAAUAUAUAGUAUACAAAGCUAAGGUUACCGCUAUGCUUUUUUAUGGAGCAGGUUUGAGGUCUAUAUUCAACCAUAAUACUAGAACACAGUUCCAGCAUUUGGGUGUAGAUCCAAGAACAUCUGCAGCAGUUAGAGCUGGAUUGGGAAUUCAUACAAUUCACACACUAUCCCAAAUUAGAACAUACAACUACUGGCACAAAAUCAAUGAAAUGGACCCCCCAAAUUAUUCUACUUGAGCAAAUAAAACCACAAUCACAAAUCUCCUGGAUCACUAAACUAAAAAAAUGUGUAAGAAGCUGUAGUCUUCCUGUCUCUUGUGUAACAGGAGAAUGAUUUUUU